GCUUUGAAGUUAAGUGGCAGUGAACUGUCUUAAGACAUGUUAACCUCCCGGUUAUAACAUCCAAGUGAGAAGUGAGAAGUACUGCGAUUCAUUUAUCAGUCGAUGACAGGAAAAGGGAGAAGGUAUUCGUUCAGGAAAAGUGACGGUAGGCGUAGUCUGCACAAUGUUUAUGCGAUUUUCAAAAUGAAGAGGAGCAAAAAAAAAUCCAGCAUCUCUGAGCAUCUUGAUUCCGUCUGUAACAUAACAGAGCCGAGGAGUGCAGAAAUGAGCGCGGAAAUGAUGUGCCAGCUUUACGAAGGGCAGCUUUCGAAGUAUACCAACGUCAUGAAGGGCUGGCAGUUCCGUUGGUUCAUACUGGACCCGAAGACAGGCAUUCUCAGUUAUUAUUUAAAUGAGAACGAGAGGAAACAGCAGCCGAGGGGCUGGGUGCAUUUGGAAGCGGCAGUCAUCUGUCCGAGCGAUGAGGAUUCUAAUACGUUUUCAGUUAACUCUAGCUCAGGCGAGAGCUUCAAGCUCAGAGCCCAGGAUGCAAAAGCUCGACAGGAAUGGGUCAACAGGUUGAGAGCGGUAUCACAACUUCACGCUGCGUCUUCGUCCCAAGGCAAUCCUAUUUUAUCCCGAGACCAUUUGAUCCAUCCGAAACCCGGCGUAUCGUCUGCAAUACAGUCUUCAGGUUCGCUCGCCCUUUGGGACGCUUUCUCGGCCGUCAGGGAGCAUUUGUUUCGAGCGGAACAGAACAAUUUUCUAAUGUCACGGAGUAUAGAGGAUCUGCCCACUUCGGGCGAACUGAAGCACAUCGAUCCGGAUCUUCUUAUGCUGAAAGCUUCGUCGCAAGCCAUGCUCAACUCCUUGAACCAAUGCCUUUUUAUCCUUCACCAACAGACUCAGGACGUAAUGACUACGACUAAAUCUAAAGGAUCCACUAAGCACGAGUCGUCUUCACAUUCCAAAAAGAAGUUCAUGAUUCCUCCUAUAUGAUUACUUUUUAACAAUCGCCUAAAAUCUCUUUAUGUCCAAUUGAAAUUAUGUAAUAAAUCAAGUUAUAAGUAAAAAUAUAAAUUCUUGUUUAUUUUUAAUAA